UAUCUUACAAUUCCCUCGUUUUAUGUCGGUGGUGUCAAUUUUAGCGGAGCAGUUUCUCACUUGCGAACAAAAAGUGGAGGCUGCUAUGUUAUGGCGAUCAUGGAAACCCUAGCCGUUACUCCCCGUCAGCUUCCUUCGACUUCCCUCUGUUUCUCUUCAACCGUCUCCGUUAACUUUAACUUUAGUUUCUCCGGCUUCCGUCAAAGGUCCACAACCGUUGUCAGCUCUGCUUCCAGUGUCCGUACAUUCAAGUGCUCUGCUCUUUCAUCAUCUCCUUCAUUAGUUGACCAGUCAGUGAAAUUUCGAGAAGCUUCCAAGAAUGGGAAUUUAGUUCCUCUUUACCGAUGUAUAUUCUCGGAUCACUUAACGCCGGUGCUAGCAUAUCGAUGUUUAGUUAAGGAAGAUGAUAGGGACGCUCCAAGCUUUUUGUUUGAGUCUGUCGAGCCUGGUUUGCAGGUUUCCAGUAUCGGAAGGUAUAGUGUGGUUGGAGCUCAGCCAAGCAUUGAAAUUGUGGCAAAAGAAAAUAUGGUUACGAUUAUGAACCAUGAGGAGGGGCGUAGGAUAGAAGAGAUUGUUGAGGACCCAAUGACUGUUCCACGCAGGAUUAUGGAGGGAUGGGAGCCUCAACGUGUUGAUGAGCUUCCGGAAGUAUUUUGUGGUGGCUGGGUUGGUUAUUUCUCGUAUGACACAGUGCGCUAUGUAGAGAAGAAGAAGCUGCUGUUCCCUAGUGCUCCCCGGGAUGACAGAAACCUUCCAGAUGUUCAUCUAGGCCUCUAUGAUGAUGUAAUUGUAUUUGACCAUGUUGAGAAGAAAGCAUUUGUGAUUCAUUGGGUGCGGUUAGAUCAAUAUUCUUCAGUUGAUGAGGCCUAUAGUGAUGGCAUGAAACGGUUGGAAACUUUAGUAUCUAGAGUACAGGAUAUAGAUCUCCCAAAACUGCCUGCAGGUUCAAUAAAGUUGUAUACUCGUCUUUUUGGCCCUAAAUUGGAGAUUUCAAGCAUGACAAGUGAUGCAUACAAAGAGGCUGUGUUGCGGGCUAAAGAGCAUAUUCUGGCUGGUGAUAUUUUCCAGAUUGUAUUAAGUCAGCGUUUUGAACGGAGAACAUUUGCUGACCCAUUUGAAAUAUACAGAGCCCUGAGGAUUGUUAAUCCAAGCCCGUACAUGACGUAUUUGCAGGCUAGAGGGUGUAUACUUGUUGCUUCCAGUCCAGAAAUUCUUACACGUGUGAAGAAGGGAAAGAUUACUAAUCGACCUCUUGCUGGGACUGUCAGGAGAGGGAAAACACCUGAGGAAGACUUAAUGUUGGAAAAAGAACUUUUGGCUGAUGAAAAGGAGUGUGCAGAGCACAUUAUGCUAGUUGACUUGGGAAGGAAUGAUGUUGGAAAGGUUUCCAAGCCGGGAUCUGUUAAGGUUGAAAAGCUGAUGAAUAUCGAACAAUAUUCCCAUGUUAUGCACAUCAGCUCUACGGUCACGGGAGAAUUACUUGAUGAUUUAACUAGCUGGGAUGCUUUGCGUGCAGCGUUACCCGUUGGAACUGUUAGUGGGGCACCAAAGGUGAAAGCAAUGGAGUUGAUUGAUCAAUUAGAAGUCACAAGGCGAGGACCAUAUAGUGGUGGCUUUGGAGGCAUUUCAUUCUCUGGUGAUAUGGACAUUGCCCUUGCACUGAGAACCAUUGUUUUUCCAACUGCCACUCGAUAUGAUACCAUGUAUUCAUACAACGAUGUGAACAAGCGUCGAGAAUGGGUGGCUCACCUCCAAGCAGGGGCAGGGAUUGUGGCUGACAGCGUCCCUGCUGAUGAACAGAGAGAGUGUGAUAAUAAAGCUGCAGCUCUUGCCCGUGCCAUUGAUCUUGCAGAGUCUUCAUUUGUUGAGAAAUAAUUAAAUCUCUUCUCAACACUUGCUGCUAAAGUUGAGCUCGAUAAACUCAAUUAGACUUAUUAGAAUUAUAAAUAUUAGCAUUA